CUCGCAGACAACUCGUCCUCCCAGUAGGGUCCUGCACCAUGAGCCAUGACCAGAGGUACCCGUUCCCUCAGGUGUUCCUGGUGGACGAGGGCGGAGGCCAGCACCCGUCGGCGUCGCCGCCGAACCUCAUCCCCUGCUGGUCGUUCCCGCAGGCCCGAGAGAGCGUGAAGAGCCGCAGCAAGAGCCGAGGCUGCAUGGGGGUCAGCUGCAGCCUGGCCAUGACGCUGCUGAUGCUGUUCCUGCUGGUGUUUGCCGCCCUGGGCUUUGAAGCCUGGCAGAUCCUGAGACUCCAGAAAAAAAUCCAAAAUAUGGAGAAGGUUGAACAUGACCUUGUGACUGAGCUUCAUGCACCCCAGAAGCAAAUUGGUCCCUAUGUCCCCGACUCAAACGGAGAAGAGAAAACAGAAGAGAAACCCGCGGCUCAUGUUCUUGGGCGCAUUGUGCAUCAACCGUCAUCAUCCCAGAAGACUUUGCGAUGGGAACCGAAAGCAGGCCAGGCCUUCACCUCCGGGGCGGUCGCCUACAUAAUGGAAGACGGCGCCCUGCAGGUCAACGAGUCGGGCCUCUACCACGUUUACUCUCGAGUGGAGCUGAUCUUCAAGAACUGCCACCCCACCUCCUAUUUCGAUCACGUCGUGUUCGUGAGGCGAGCGGGACAGUCCAAACUCCUGCCUCUGAUGGAGGCCCACAGGUCGGGUUUCUGCGUCCAGAAAUCUGCCAGCCCAUGGACUGCAGAGAACUACCUUGGCGGCGGUCUGAAGCUGUUAAAGUUCGACAGGGUUUACGUGAAUGUGUCGCACCCGACUUAUCUCAGCCACUCACAUAAUGGCAACUUCUUCGGUCUGUACAAGAUCUGAAGGGUUUCGAUUGCUUCAGCUUUGUUUCAUUGUGCCGUAGUUUUGCUCUGAAUCAGGAGGAAAGCUUACUCAUAACUUCCACAAAGAGAUCCUUUGAUUGUAUUUUUUUUUUUAUCUGAUACACCUGGACUAAAUAUAUUCUGUUUUGCAAUAUAGAAACCCAAAGAUGAUGGUGCACUUUUUUUGUUCAUUGGCAGCUCAAAGCAAAACAGCACAGAGAAAUAAACAGCAUUUUUACACCUCAGGUUUUUGCUUUCAUGAAAAAUGUCGAGUUGGUUGACACUAAGAUCCUAAUGAAAUUGUAGCGCUUUUCAAUAUUUAUUUUUUUUCUGUAUGCCUGUCAUAUAGGAUGGCUGUUUUUUAAAAAUAAUAAUAAUAAUAAUAAAUGAAUGUAUCAAGCAGAUUUCUGUGUGUUGAAGCAAAAGUAAAAUGAUGAAUGUUUUUUGUGAAAUCUCACUGUGUUUCCUAAUUGAGUAUAGUCUGCCUGGGUGGAACACCCACGCUAGUUUUGAUUAUGACCACUGGAAAGUUUUUGCAUAAUUCUGCUGAUUAUAAGCGUCACCAUCAUAGGUUCCACUGAGGCAGAGAGGCAGAGAUGUCAAACUCCAACA